GCACAACUAUUUCAGCCAGCGCACGUGGACCCAAACCUUUGCGGAGCUUUUUUCUCGAGCUUUAGAAAAAGUGGUAGACCUACCAUGUGAUUUCUACCUGUCCCGCGCCGCUCCCACGUAGAUCUGCAGAUACUUGAAUCGAAUACAGCCGUCGGGUUCUGAUUGAAUAGGAAGAAUACGACAAAAUAAUAGGUUAUACUAGACCACUAGUAGUAGCACUACCCCCGAGCAGUGGUUAUUGCAUAAAGACAGUGGCUACAGUGCCCGCGACGGUUCAAGGCCGUAGCACUGAUCCGCAGCCUCACAGGUCCGGCACAAUGAUGAGUUCGUCCAGGCGAUCCAGGACCUGCGCACUCAUCGCCUGUUCGCUAGUGGCGCUAGCUCUGUCUCAGAGUUUACUCGCCAGCUGCGCAAAUGUCCGUGGGGAACCCACUGAGAGCAAGAGGACGGCGGGGCAGCAGCAGGAGGAGGAGUAUGGCCGAGAAUCCGCGGCGGGCAGCAAGCCCCACAUCGUGUUUGUGCUGGUCGAUGACUGGGGAUACAGCGACGUCGGGUUCCGCAAUCCCGCCAUCAAGAGUCCGAUGUUCGACGAGCUAGCGAGCAGCGGCGUUCUCCUGGACCGACACUACGUAUAUAAGUACUGUUCGCCGAGUCGGGCAUCGCUGAUGAGCGGACGGUGGCCACACCACGCACACCAGUGGAACAUUGUACCGCAGACCGUGCCACUGGGACUGAACCUGAACUUCACGGCCAUGCCGGCGAAGCUGAAACAGGCCGGCUACGCCACGCACAUGGUGGGAAAGUGGCACCUGGGACUGAAGAGCGAGGAGUACCUGCCGGUGUCGCGCGGCUUCGACACGAUGACGGGCUUCCUGACCGGCGGCGAGGACCACGUCACGCAGCGCAUCCAGUGCGGCACGGACUUCUGGACGGGCCGGGCGCCGGACACGCGCAACGGCACGUACGACGCGCUCACCUACUGCAGCGUUCUGGAGGAGAUGUUCAGCUCGCACAGCGCUGACACGCCGCUGUUCCUGUACCUGGCGCUGCACAACGUGCACGCGCCGUUCCAGGCGCCGCAGGACUUCGUCGACAAGUACGCGGCGAACUCGACGUGCAAGCAGCGCCGCAUGUACCAGGCCAUGGUGAGCGUGGCGGACAACGUCACCGCGCUGGUCGUGCAGCGCCUGAAGGAGAAGGGCAUGUGGAACAAUACGCUGCUGGUGGUGUCUUCCGACAACGGCGCCGCUCCGUGCGCGGGCAGCAACUAUCCGCUGAAAGGGUCCAAACUGACCUUCUUCGAGGGUGGCGUGCGCGCCAGUGCUUUCGCGAACGGUGGACUCCUGCCGGCGAAAAUGUCCGGCACCAAAGUCGAGGGCUACAUCCACAUCGCCGACUGGUACCCAACUUUCUGCAAGCUGGCCGGCGUUGACCCGGAUGAUUCGGGUCCGGGCCGUUUCCCCGUGGACGGGCACGAUGUGUGGCCACUGCUGAGCGGCGAGUCGACGGAGAGCACUCACGAUGACAUCAUCCUGGGAUUUAACUACAGCGACUAUCACCCGCAGCAGGGCGCCAUCAUAGUCGGCGACUACAAGCUCAUUGUCGGCGCGCAGAAGUUCCCGGGCAACUGUGACUCGCUGAUGCACCCGCCGAUCGACUACCCGUGCAGCAAGGCCCCGGAGGAAGCGGACUGCGACCCAAUGUGCCUGUACGACAUCCGCUCGGAUCCGCGCGAGACCCACGACCUAUACAAGAGUCAGCCGGCCGUUGUCCAGCGUCUGCUGCACCGCUACAUGCAGUACGCCGAUGAACCACGCGCCAUGCAAGACCAGGGCUAUCACUCGCGCGCCUCGCUGCCCAACGAGGCCGACGUGGCGUGCGCGUACUUUGCCAAACACGGCGGCUACUGGCGUCCGUGGCACACCUCCGACAGCGCCGCUCAGCUUGUGUGAGCGUGCGGACACCUGCCAUCAGUCUGGCUGUGUGUGCGCUUUGACAUCAGGGUGCUGCAGGAUGUAUUAAGGGCUACAUCGCUGGCUGCAGUGUUCCAUUACUGCUGCUACACUCAGUGUUCCAACGUCACACAACAGUGAAACAUUCAGCACGAAGCACAGCGCUGUAUUAAACCCAUGAUUUUGAAAAGAACUCAGGAUGGGACUCGAUGAUAUGAAGAGGGUCCAUGGUUCGAGUCCUGCUGGUGGCGGUCAAUUUUUUCUUCAGACUUUUCCCGUUUGUAUCUUUCCCUCGAACCAAUGGAUAUGAAGCACUGUGGGAUCCGAUUUACUAAAGACUCCUUUCUUCGCGGAUCCUGCUUAUUUUUCUUUUUCUUAUCGACUUAUUAUUCUUUUCCUUCCUAGCCGUGGUUGGCUAUAGAAAACCCUGCAGUCGCCACGCAAAGUGGUCAUUGGCUACUACCCCAGCCAUGUAUUGCUUGAAAUAAAACUAAAACCAAACUAAAA